AUGUCAGCCAAGGAAGAUGGCAUCGCCAUGGUCAUUUUUGCUGCAGAACUGGCAGAGCUGAUGGCCGAGAUGCUUGGUCGGCGAGGAUCGCGCCUGUACACGACGGCCAUGGAGCCCCAUGCAGUUGACAGUUUCAGCGGCUCAGGAAGCUCGCGCGGAGAGCUUCCGCUGCCGUGCCCUGCCGUGCCGCAAAGACGCGGUUCCAGCGACACUUCCUCUGCUCAACGUCUGCAGCGACCGGUCGAAGCUGGUUUGCGCGUUGUGAACCCCAUGAGGGCGACUGGCGGCGAAAUUCCACGGGCGGUUGUGACGCGCCCUUCGAAUUAUUGA